AUGGACCAUGGCAGGAUAAGGCCCGUUUCUGACGCCAUCCGCUCGGGCAUCGUUGUGGUCGACGGCGCCGACGUUGUCCGCGAGCUGCUAGAAAAUAGUAUCGAUUCCGGCGCCUCGCAGGUCGCGAUCAGCGUCGCGUUCGAGAACGGUUGCUUGGACAUCGAGCUCGCCGAUAACGGCACAGGCGUCGAUCCAAACGACCUGGCAGCCAUGGGACGCCGCCACUGGACGUCCAAGGACCUGGGAGAGUCGAAAUUCGGGUUCCGUGGCGAGUCGUUGCACGCCAUCAUGGGCCUGUGCACGCGAACAGAGAUCGUCACUGGUAGAUAUGGGUGUGCCUGGAAAAUGCACUAUAUAGGCACAACCGCGCGGGAAAAGCCUCGUCAGUGCGCAAUUGACGGGGCCGGCGGGACACUGGUGCGUGUGUUUGAUGUCUUUGGCCGGCUACCGGUGCGCAAACAUCAGCUGGCUGCCGAAUGGCGCGAGAUGACGGCAAAGCUGAGCAGAGCGGUGUUCUCUGCGCUGGUCACGCGACCAGGAGUCACGGUGACUUUAGAGCGUAACGGUGUGCGUGUGUUUAGUGCUCUCAACGAGGGCGGAGUGGCAGGCAUUGUGGGCUUGUUAAAGGAGCUGUACGGCCUUCGAGACGUGGUGGAGCCUGUCAAAGCCAGCUUCGAGGAUGUGAACGUCACGGGAGUGCUUGGGGCUGACGUUGCGAAAAAGUGCCAGUUCCUGUUCCUCAAUGGCCGUCUACUGGAGAACAGAAGCCUGCACAGGGCAAUCAGUCUCCAGCUAGGCAGACAGUCAGGGCUCUAUGUGUUUGACAUCCGUACACCGCUCGAGGAGUCGGAUCUGCUGCAGAGCCCGAGCAAAAAAGUGUUCAGUCCCGUGCUGUUUGACAAGAUCAAGGCUGUGUUGGAGGAGGUGGUGCGCCGGUGGAACGACAGAGACAGGUCUGGGCGUGUGCAGAAAAAAGGGCGCCCGUCUCUGGGGCUUUCGCGUUUCUUCAGUCCGGCCAGUAACGUGGUGCUUGACGGGCCCAGCAUCGGGCGCAGUCACGUGGUUGCGCAGAUGGAGAGCAGGUUUGUUCUUGUGCGCAUCGACGGCGUGCUUGUGGCGCUGGACCAGCACGCGUGCGACGAAAGAGUGCGCGUGGAGGCCCUGUACCGGCAAUGGACGGCCAGCACGCACACUGUCGCGGUGCAUAUCGAGAUACCCGUCGAUGCAGGCGAGAUGGAGCGGUUUGCGCGUUUUUCGGGCGAACUGAGUCGGUGGGGCAUCAGAUGCCGCCACGAAAACGGGCUGGUGGUGGUGCACGAGAUCCUGGCUCUGGUGGCGGACAAGGACGCUUUGUUUGUGCGGAGCGGCGUGUUGCAGUUUCUGGAGGACCUGGCGUCGAAACGCAAGCGCUCGGGCCCCUCUGGCGGCGACUGGUGGGUCGCUGCUACCGAGAUGCCGGAAAUGUACCACGAGAAGAUCCGGUCUCAGGCGUGUCGGGAGGCGAUUCGGUUUGGAAAAACGCUGGACCGCGAUUCGCAGCGCAGGCUCGUGGCCGCUCUGGCUCUCUGCAAAGACCCCUUGCACUGCGCCCACGGCCGCCCGACGUGCGUGCCGUUGAUAAGAUGGCUAGAUAAAUAA